UCUCUUUCGCUGCAGUAGGGUUGGUGUGUUAUUGCGCUGUGGGUUGGAUCUGUGUGUGUGUGUGUGCAAAGUGCAGGUUUCAGCAGACUGGAGCUAACACACCAUUGUCCUCUCUGAUCACACACAGAGAGACCGUGUGUGCAUGCGUGUGAGUGUGUGUGUGAGUGUGUUUGAGGACGCUGCAUCUUCCCACUGCAGCACUGCUGAUGUUCCCGCUCUGAGGAAUUCCCUGUUCUGGGAUUGUGCACGUUUGGAGGGACACUAAUGGCAUUGGAGCUGAACAUCGCGGACGGAUCUGCCGUACGGAAUAACGCGAGGUGUUUUUUGUGAAAGCGGCUUUCGUGUGUGUGUGCUGGAGAGACAGGCAUGCGGUCGGAGCGCAUGAGUCGUGUGUGUAUCGUGGUCCUGGAGGAGGUGGAAGACGACGAACCCUCCCCUCUGCAUUCCAAAGCCGCCCCGGACCACAUUUCCCAGAAUUCCUCUCAGGACGAGAAGCCCUCUCUGAUUAAAGCCAUAUUUAACGGGGACGCAGGUGAAGUUCGCUCGCUCAUAUUCAAGAAAGAAGACGUCAAUGUACAGGACAGUGAGAAGAGAACACCGCUUCACGCUGCUGCUUACCUGGGCGACGCUGAGAUCAUAGAGCUGCUCAUCCUGUCAGGGGCGAGAGUGAAUGCCAAAGAUAAUAAAUGGCUCACUCCUCUUCAUCGGGCCGUAGCUUCCUGUAGUGAGGAGGCAGUGCAGGUGCUGCUGAAACACUCGGCGGAUGUGAACGCGCGGGAUAAGAACUGGCAGACGCCGCUGCAUGUGGCCGCGUCCCAUAAAGCCGUGCGCUGUGCAGAGGCGUUAGUCCCAUUGCUAAGUAAUGUCAACGUGUCGGACCGCGCCGGACGUACAGCUCUACACCACGCGGCCUUCAGCGGACACCUGGAGAUGGUUCAGUUGCUGGUGUCCAGAGGUGCAAACGUCAAUGCUUUUGAUAAGAAGGACAGACGAGCUGUCCACUGGGCCGCAUACAUGGGUCAUCUGGAGGUGAUGAAGUUUCUGGUGUCUCACGGCGCUGAGGUUUGCUGUAAGGAUAAGAAGUCCUACAGUCCUCUUCACGCCGCUGCCUCCAGUGGAAUGAUCAACGUCGUCAAAUACCUGCUCAAUCUGGGUGUUGAUAUUAAGGAGCCGAAUGCGUAUGGAAACUCUGCUCUGCACCUGGCGUGUUUUAACGGGCAGGACGUGGUGGUGAAUGAGCUGAUCGAAGCAGGUGCUGAUGUCAAUCAGGUGAAUGAGAAGGGCUUCUCCCCGCUGCACUUCACCGCUGCGUCCCGCCAGGGGGCGCUCUGUCUCGAGCUGCUCAUCGCCAACAGAGCCAACAUCAACAGCAAGAGUAAAGAUGGUAAAACUCCUCUCCACAUGGCAGCCAUUCACGGGCGAUACUCCAGAUCACAGGCCAUCAUUCAGAACGGCACAGAGAUCGACAGCGAGGACGAGAACGGAAACUCUCCGCUUCAUGUAGCGGCUCGUUACGGUCACGAGCUGCUCAUCAACACUCUCAUAAGCAACGGUGCGGACACGGCAAAGCGGGGCAUCCACGGAAUGUUCCCGCUGCAUCUGGCGGCUCUGAGCGGAUUUUCAGACUGCUGCCGUAAACUGCUCUCCUCAGGUUUUGACGUUGACACGCCGGAUGACUUUGGCAGGACGUGUUUGCAUGCUGCGGCUGCAGGAGGGAAUCUGGAGUGUUUAAAUCUGUUACUCAACACUGGUGCGGACUUUAAUAGGAAAGACAGAUUUGGGAGGACGGCGCUGCAUUACGCUGCUGCUAACUGUAACUAUCAGUGUGUGUUUGCUCUGGUGGGCUCCGGGGCCAGUGUGAACGAGCGGGACGUCAGGGGCUGCAGUCCUCUGCACUACACCGCUGCUGCAGACUAUGACGGCAAGUGUCUGGAGUAUCUGUUGAGGAACGAUGCGAAUCCAGCUCUCAGGGAUAAAGACGGAUACAGUGCCGUUCACUACGCCUCAGCGUACGGCCACCGAGUGUGUCUGGAGCUGAUCGCCAAUGAAACACCGUUAGAUGUGCUGAUGGACACGUCUGCAUCAAGCAUCCUACACGACACAGACGUGCAGCCUCCCAUCAGCCCUUUACACCUGGCGGCGUAUCACGGUCAUCAUCACGCUCUGGAGGUUCUGGUGCAGUCUCUGCUGGAUCUGGACGUGAGGACACCACAGGGUCACACGGCUCUCAGUCUGGCGGCGUUUAAGGGUCACGUGGAGUGUGUGGAUAUUCUGAUCAGUCAGGGCGCGUCCAUGAUGCUGAAGGACUACACACACAAGAGGAGCGCCGUACACUCCGCAGCCAUGAACGGUCACUCUGAGUGUCUGCGUCUGCUCAUCCACAACAGUGACCAGCAGACGGCCGUCAGCAUGCGUGAUGGGAAGGGACAGACUCCUCUGAUGUUGGCGGUUCUGGGUGGACACACAGAUAGUGUGUAUCUUCUGUUGAGUGAAGGAGCCAGUGUGGAGGCCAGAGAUAAAUGGGGCAGGACGGCCCUCCACCGCGGGGCAGUGAUAGGUCAGGAGGCGUGUGUGGAGGCUCUGUUGCAGCAUGGCUCCAGUCUGCUGGUUCAGGACAGCAGGGGGCGCUCUCCUAUGCACCUGGCGGCUGCCUGCGGUCAUGUGGGGGUUCUGAGGGCCCUUCUGAAGGCCCAGAAGACUGUCCUCGUCCUCAAGGACAACUGUGGUUACACACCGCUGCACUGGGCCUGUUAUAACGGUCAUGAGGCGUGUGUUGAGCUGCUGCUAGAGUACGAUGUGUUUCACAGACCGGAGGGAAACUCCUUCAGUCCGCUGCACUGCGCUGUUAUGAAUGAUAAUGAGUCUGCGGCUGAGAUGCUGAUCGAGACUUUAGGUCCAGCGAUUGUAAACGCCACAGACUCUCAGUCCAGGACUCCGCUCCACGCCGCGGCGUACACUGAUCACGUGGAGUGUCUGCAGCUGCUGCUGGCUCACAACGCUCAGGUCAACGCCAUCGACAUGCUGGGAAAAACACCGCUCAUGAUGGCCGCCGAGAACGGACAGACUAACGCUGUCGAGGUGCUGGUGAGCAGCGCUAAAGCUGAUUUGACGUUACAGGACGCUCACAGAAACACAGCCCUGCAUCUGGCCUGCAGUAAGGGGCAUGAAACCAGUGCCUUGUUAAUUCUUGAGAAGGUGAUGGACAGAAACCUCAUAAACUGCACAAACGCCGCGCUGCAGACGCCGCUGCACGUGGCUGCUGGUAACGGACUGACAGUGCUCGUACAGGAGCUGCUGGGUAAAGGAGCCAGUGUCCUCGCCGUGGAUGAGAACGGUUACACUCCAGCUUUGGCUUGCGCCCCAAACAAAGACGUGGCGGACUGUUUGGCGCUGAUCCUCUCCUCCAUGAUGCCCAUCUCUCCCAGCAGCACCAGCACCAUGUCCAGCCUCACCUUUACCACCGUCAACCACUACUCCAGCCCAUCCCAGAGCGUGACCUUUGACCCUUUACCUGUGCUGCGCUCCGAGCACGUCUCCUACCGCAAAUUCAACAGCGUGGGCCGCGAGGAUGGCCUCAUCGUCCCCGAUGACGAACUGAAUGAUUCAGACUCGGAAACAUACUGACAACACGCCCCUCCCGCCCCUCAGUGUCUUAAUCUAACACCUCAUUGGCUGAAAGGUGACUAUAUGCUAAUUAGGGUCAUCUCUUUAUGUGGCCGAAGUCUCAGGAGAAAUUGGAAAACAGGAAAAUAAUGCCACAGAAAUGGCCCACACUACAGUCCAGUUUGUUUAUUCUCUACAGUAUCGAGCUGUUUGAACCCUCAAGCAUCACUGAAACUCAUUAUUUAAUGCCAGGUUCAUUUUAUGAGAAGCAAAUGGCUCAUAUUGACAGCUGUGGGACUGUAAUUCCCAGCAUUCAUGUGAAACACGAGGAGGCAAAACUAAACUAAAGACGUCAGGGACCAAGAGCUGUGGACUUUACUUUUAUCCCCGUUUGUGCAUGAAGAUUGAAUUUAGGUUUGCAUCACCAUGGAUUAUUUAUUAGGAAAAAAUGAAGAGUAAAAAAAGCCUUUCAGGGUUUAAACGGAGUAUUUAUUCCUCUGCUGUUGUGGGGAAUUAUAGCGUUCUUCCUGCUGUGUGUGAGUGUGUGUGUGAGAGAGAGAGAUUGUGAAUUUGAAUGUGUGUGUGAUUAUUUUAUAAGAGUUUAAAAACAGUGAAAAGAUCAGGUGUGU